AUGGCUCCCAGGGUCACCGGGGCCCGCAACGCCCUCCACCGCGAUAAGGUUGUGCAGAUGAGGCGGUUAGGAUGCCUCCUGGGUGCCUCCUUGUUGAGUUGUUCUGGGCACCACCAACUGGGAGGAGACCCCGGGGCAGACCCAGGACACGGAGCAACAAUGACGGUUAAGGAGCUCCUCCUGGAAACCCUGAAUGAUCUGGGGGACGAUGACCUCAAGAUCUUCCAGUGGUUCUUGCAGCAGACAGACAGCCUGGAAGGCCUCCCAGCCAUCCCAAAGAGCCGCCUGGAGAGGGCAGACAGGCCGGACACCGUGGACCAGAUGGUGCAGACCUACAACCAACACUGCCUGGAGGUGACCAAGAAGGUUUUAAUGAAGAUCAACAGGAACGAUCUGGUGCAGAAUUUGUCAAGCAUCAGGUCAGGAGACACAGGAGAUGUCAGCGGCUUUGGGGAGACUUCAGAGUCCGCCCUUCAGUCACAGGCUGCUCCUCUUCCUCACCUCAUCCCAGACAGCAGCCAGGCUGAAGAUUUGCUGGUGCCUACACCAAAGGCUCCACAGCCAAUCACAUCGUUCCAAAGUAUGCUUCAGUCUAACCUCCAGGACAGGUUUAUGUGCAUACAAGAAGGUAUGUCAGAGAGAAAAAAUAAGCAGCUUUUGGAUGACAUCUACACAGACCUCUACGUCACAGAUGGGGGAGUUGUACACAUCAACCAGCAGCACGAGGUCAGGCAGAUUGAGAUGGCAUCAGGAAAGUCAACGGACACAGAGAAGCCAAUCAAACCCAGUGACAUCUUCAAACACCCUUCUGGAAAAUGCACACCCAUAAGAAUGGUGCUGACCAAUGGCAUUGCAGGAAUUGGCAAAACCUUCCUUGUGUACAAGUUCAUCCUGGACUGGGCUGAAGGAAGAGCCAAUCAAGAUGUGCAUCUUGCAUUCCCCUUCACCUUCCGCCAGCUAAACUUACUGAGGGGAAAAAGGUUUCGUUUUGCAGAGCUCAUUCACAGAUGCAUCAGGGAAACCAUCGACAUCCAGGAGGAGGCUCUUAAUUACAUCUUCACAACAAUACAGACAUCUGGAAACUCCAACUAUGACAAGAGCAAAUUCAAGCUCCUGUUUGUGUUGGACGGUCUGGAUGAGAGCCGCCUUCAGCUAGACUUCACUGCUGAUGAAGAAUCUUAUGUUGAUGUGACAGAGCCAACCAGAGUAGAAGUGCUGGUGACAAACCUCAUCAAGGGGAAACUGCUUCCCUCUGCUCGCCUCUGGAUAACCACACGACCCGCAGCAGCCAAUCAGAUCCCUCCGGAGUGUGCUGACAUCUUUACAGAGGUGAGAGGCUUCACUGACCCACAGAAGGAUGAAUACUUCAGAAAGAGAUUCAGAGAUGAGGAGCAGGCCAGCAGAAUCAUCUCCCACAUCAAGACGUCACGAAGCCUCCACAUCAUGUGCCACAUCCCAGUCUUCUGCUGGAUCACUGCUACAGUUCUGGAGGACAUGUUGAAAACCAGUGAGGGAGGAGACCUGCCCAAGACCCUGACUGAGAUGUACGCAGAGUUCCUGGUGUUUCAGAUCAAUCACACAAAGGAGAAGUAUGGCACUGAAAAGAGCAUUCAGAGCAUCAAGUCACUUGCAAAACUGGCUUUUCACCAGCUGGAGGAAGGCAACCUUAUAUUCUAUGGUGAAGACCUAAAAAAAAGUGGCAUUAAUUUUAAUGAAGCCUCAAUGCACUCAGGAGUAUUCACGCAGAUCUUUAAAGAGGAAUAUGGGUGGAAGAAGGACAAAGAUAAGGAUAAGGUGUUUAGCUUCAUCCAUCUGUCCAUUCAGGAGUUUCUGGCUGCUGUUUAUGUGGUCCUGUCACUACAUAACAGAAACAAGAGUGUCAUGGCUGAACAGCAACUAAGUUUCAAAAGUGUGCAAAUGCUUUUCAGCAAAAUAUCUACAACAGAAGUCCACAGGGUUGCCAUUGACAGGGCCUUGGAGAGUCCAGAUGGACGCCUGGACUUGUUCCUCCGAUUCCUCCUGGGCCUUUCACUGGAGAACAAUCAGACUCGUCUACAACAGUUACUGAAACGGACAAGACCACAGACCAACUGGCCAACAAUCAAGUACAUCAAGGAGAAGAUCAGUGAGAAUCCCUCUCCAGACAGAAGCAUCAACCUGUUCCACUGUCUGAAUGAGCUGAAUGACCAUUCUCUAGUGGACGAGAUCCAAAAGUAUCUGAGAUCAGGAAGUCUCUCCACAGCCAGACUCUCUGCUUCUCAGUGGUCAGCUCUGGUCUUCAUCUUACUGACAUCGGAGGAAGAGCUGAAAGUCUUCGACCUCACAAAAUACUCUGCUUCAGAGGAGGCUCUUCAGAGGAUGCUGCCAGUGGUCGAAGCCUCUAGUAUGUCUCUGCUGAGUGGCUGUAACAUCUCAGAGAAAGGCUGUGCAGCUCUGGCCUCAGUUCUCAGCUCCCAGUCCUCUAGUCUGAGAGAGCUGGACCUGAGUAACAACCAGCUGCAGGAUUCAGGAGUGAAGCUGCUCUCUCAUGGACUGGGGAGUCCAAUCUGUCAACUGAAGACGCUAAGGUUGAGUUGGUGUAAACUCUCAGAGAGAAGCUGUGAAGCUCUGGCCUCAGUUCUCAGCUCCUCCAGUCUGAGAGAGCUGGACCUGAGUAACAAUGAUCUGCAGGAUUCAGGAGUGAAGAUGCUCUCUGCCGGACUGGAGAGUCCACACUGCAGACUGGAGGCUCUCAGGCUGAGUGUGUGUAAUCUGUCAGAAAGAAGCUGUGCAGCUCUGGCCUCAGUUCUCAGCUCCCAGUCCUCUAGUCUGAGAGAGCUGGACCUGAGCAACAAUGACCUGCAGGAUUCAGGAGUGAAGCUGCUCUCUGAUGGACUGGAGAGUCCACACUGCAGACUGGAGGCUCUCAGGCUGUCAGGCUGUCUGGUCACAGAGGAGGGCUGUGCUGCUCUGGCCUCAGCUCUGAGCUCCAACCCCUCCCAUCUGAGAGAGCUGGACCUGAGCUACAAUCAUCCAGGAGACUCAGGAGUGAAGCUGCUCUCUGCUGGACUGGAGGAUCCAACCUGGAGACUGGACAAGCUCAGUGUGGACCACGGUGGGCUGCGCUGGCUGAAAUCAGGUCUGAGGAAGUAUGCCUGUGAGGUCACGCUGGACCCGAACACCGCCUACAGGAAGCUGAUCCUGUCUGAGGACAACAGGAAGGCGACGCUGGUGACGGAGAAGCAGCCGUAUCCCGAUCACCCCGAGAGGUUUGACAACUGGAAGCAGAUUCUGUGUAGAAACGGCAUGACCGGCCGCUGCUACUGGGAGGUGGAGAGGGUGGGAUGGGUUCAUGUGGCGGCGGCCUACAGGGGGAGGACAAGAGAGAGCGACGACUGCUUCCUGGGACUGAACGACAGGUCGUGGAGUCUGGUCUGCUCCAGUGACACUUACUCUGCCUUUCACAACGACAGGACGCGGGACAUACACACCCUGCGCUACUUUGACGCCGACCGAGUGGCGGUGUAUCUGGACUGGCCCGCCGGAUCUCUGUCCUUCUACAGAGUCUCGUCCGGCACGCUGAUCCACAUCCACACCUUCAGCUCCACGUUCACCGAGCCUCUGUACCCCGCGUUCGGCUUUGAGUUCAUGUUCAAGUGUGACUCCUCAGUGUCUCUGUGUCGGCUGGAGGGGGGAGACUCAUGA